GGCUUCCGCGCAGGCGCAAUGGGGCGCUCUGGCCACUCCAGACAUGGCGGCUCCGCUGGGCGGUAUGUUCUCUGCACAGCUGCCGGGGCCCUCGGGUGCCCCGCCAGGACUUUCGAGUCAGCCCUCGCUUCUUCAAGCAGCGCCUGGGGCUCCUAGAAGUUCUAACAGUACCUUGGUCGACGAGUUGGAGUCAUCAUUUGAGGCUUGCUUCGCUUCUCUUGUGAGUCAGGAUUAUGUCAACGGCACGGAUCAGGAAGAAAUUCGAACUGGUGUUGAUCAGUGUAUCCAGAAGUUUCUAGAUAUCGCAAGACAGACAGAAUGUUUUUUCCUGCAAAAAAGAUUGCAGUUAUCUCUGCAGAAACCAGAACAGGUUAUCAAAGAGGACGUCUCGGAACUGAGGAAUGAACUGCAGCGGAAAGACGCGCUGGUCCAGAAGCAUUUGACAAAGCUGAGGCACUGGCAGCAGGUGCUGGAGGACAUCAACGUGCAGCACAAAAAGCCCGCGGAAAUGCCUCAGGGCUCCCUGGCCUACCUGGAGCAGGCCUCAGCUAACAUCCCUGCGCCGCUCAAGCAGACGUGAGCACCCCAGCCUGGCCUCCACAGACGGUUGCACGGACACCUCACUGGUGUCCGGAUCUAGGACGAGCUCUUUGCAGGACAGGGAGGUGAUGUGGGUUUUAUGUUCCUGCCCACGGGUUCCUCCUUGGUUUUAUGAGCCAUUAAUGUCUUGAGGGCAUUACAAAAUGCCUGCAGCUUCGGUAGACCAAGUUAAGUGUCUUACCUUUAGCAUGGUUUAGAGUCAGUAUGAUGACACAGAUUCUUUCUUAUAUCCUGACUUCAUUUUUGUGUUUCAAUUUGUUAGUUUGUUAUAAUCUGAGGGGAAAAAAUGACGGUAGCCUGAGAAUGAGGCUGUAAGGAGUUUGCAGGCUUUUUAUGGUAACUACCUUGCUGUGGUAGAGCAGGAAAAUACCCAGGUGGGCUGUCAGGACUCCACUCCCUCCACAGAGGAGUCUAAUGCAGUGAUGUUUGCAGUGACUCUGCAGCAGUACAGGGGGCACGUAUUUUGUAACUUGGUCAAAAAAAGAUUAGGAGAUAAUGGGUUAGUGCAUUGUUUCCGUGUGGUCCUCUGGGUGACAGGGGCUUUUAUUUGGGCUGGUUUAUAUUUGUGGGGUGUUUGCCCAUUUUGAGGUGGGUGGUUACCGAUGCCCCUCACCCACUGUAGACUGACUCUGUGAUCCCUGGGACAUGGCGCAGGGUAAUGGUUAAGGCUCACUCUGGUCUCUCAGAGUGCUGCGUCUUGUUUGCUUUUUUACUGUUUGGAGCAGAACAUUUGCAUUAUAGGACAUUUCCUGCUCAUGGAUUUGAUUCCAGGGGACAAAUGCCCUGAAUGCCCCACAGAGUUGGGCAUAUGUGGAGUCUCAGUGGUAGGGCAGGGUUUUGUCCUUUUGUUGGACAAGGUUUUCCUCUGCUUUCCACAGUCCCCUCCUGGAUUCCAUCCCUGUACUGAGCACCAGCACUCUGCAGUCCUCCAAGUGAUCACAGGGCGGCUCAGAGGUGUGAUCACCUCCCACACUGCCAUCCACCCCUGCCACCUGCUCCACAGGGCCACCCACUUCAGCCUGGGUGCCACCUGCUCCACAGGGCCUCUGUGCCCUUUCACGUUGGCCCUGGGGUGCAGGGCUGCUGUCUCCUGCUGCCUGCACUCAGGGCUCUCCUGUGUGCAAGGACUUGUGUUGGUCCCUUUGCCCCUUGCUGCGUUGCAGGCCAUGAGAUAGGUGUCACGCCCCUUGAAUGCACAUGCUCGAGUAUUGCUUUUAUGUGUGAUUCAUAUUCCUACUUGAGUUUAUGCUUAUGCAUAAACCUGUGGAGCAGGUGGCACCCAGGCUAGAGUGGCAGCCCAGCGACCUAUUACCAGCCUGAGCCCAGCUGAUCUAGGUUAGAAUGCAUGAGGAUUAAACAAAGCUCUCAGAUUAUAAGGUUUUAACUUGGUUAUCCCACAGUCUGAUCAGCUUCAAAUUUCUUGAUUAAAAACUGGUUAAAUCUGGGGCUCUCUUUCACUAAUAGGGAUGUGAAAAGAUUGCAGCUGGCACACUUUCAAUUCCAGCACUCUGGGAGGCCGAGGCAAGAGGCUGCAGGGCUGAGUCCAGCUUAGGGGAUUGAAUGACUUAGUGAGGCCCUUCUUAAAAAGGGACUGAGGCUCAUUCCCAGGACCACAGCGGGGAAAGAAGAUUGGCAACUGUGGGCACAUUGGUGCAUUCUGACAUCCUAGCUACUCAAGGCCAAGGCAGGAGGAUGCAUGAGCAAGGCGAUCCUGGGCAACUUAGCAGAUCCUGUCUCAAAAAAGUGCUGACCAUGUAGAUCAGUGUCAGAAGCCUCCAUGGAAAUGAAAGGGGGUUCAGAAGAAAAAAAGGAAACUGUGUGCUUGGUGUUCAUAAAAAUAUUUUGAAUUUGAUACAUAUACAAGUCAUUGCCAUUUUUUAUUCAGUUGAAAACUUACAUGUCAAAUAAAUAAGAAUUUUGCAGCCCUGUCA